AUGAGUCGCUUAAACUUGGACACCUCGGUCGGUGGCAACCAUAACCAACGGUAUUCAUUCAUGGAAACACCACUGGAAAUGCAUGUUUCGCCUGAUGAAAGGGACCUAAGGUCUCCUUCCCCGUUGCCAGACUCGAAAGACUCCAAAUCCCCGCAGCAUCCCACUGGAGAACGGAGACCGCAACAGCAAUCAUAUGCACUGAGUGAGAAGGAACAACAGCUCCAGCACCAGGGAAUAAUCCCAGACUAUGCCAACUGUCCACCACCUGAAGCGCAUCCAGCGCACUAUGCCCCAUUUGCGAAUGCAUCUCAACAUCAGCAGCAAGGCCCUCAAGCGACUUCGCCCUAUAUGAACCCGUCACAUAUAUCUCAACAACAUGGGAUGCCUAUGUCUCCAACGUACGCCCAUAUGCAUGGACAACAACAGAAUACCCAGAUACCCUCUCAGUCAUAUGCGCACCGGUCGUAUACAAGCAUACAGGAGCAUCCAGCCAUGCCUAUGUCUCCCCAGUCAUACUUCACCAUCCACGAGCACCAGCAGAGUGCCAUCCAGAUGUCCCCGCAGUCAUACACAAAUCUACCUGGACAACAGCAGCAAGAUGUUCAAAUCCAACCCCAAACAUAUCCAGCCGAGCCAUACACCAUAACCGAGCAACAGAGCCGCGACAUCCAAAUGUCACCUCAAUAUGCCUCAUACACCAACCCACCCAGUUCACCACCCCAACACUCCCCAGGGCCCCUACCAUUGAAAGUAAACCCAGACGCGCCAACCCGAAGCGAUACAAUGAUCGUCGCACCAGACGCAAACCCACUACAAUCACCCAAGCUGCCUUCUUUCCCGCCUCCCACCCGGGCAGCGACGACACAUGCGCCCGUUGAAGAUCUCAGCGAUUACCACCAGCCAGGCCAGAUAAUGCAUCCAAACCAGGAGCACACAAGAACAAGGAAGGCCUAUGGAAUCCAGGGUGAUAUUGCAUCGGAUUGUGUGCGGGCAACCUGCUGCACAUGUUGCACGUUGAUCCAGAAUGAGAAGGAGAUUCUCAAGCGUGAAGGGCACCGGGCUCGUGCUGCCAGGGAACACGGAGCUACUUUGAUGUCGCCGUAUACUGCGCCAGGACCGAUGACUUAUGGUCCUCCUCCGAAAUAG